GCAGCUCCCGUGAGGAUGCCGGAGGAACGGCUGCCCGGCCAAGCACCGACCGCAGGGAUGCGUCCGGAGGAGGAUUAAGCGACCCCCCCUCCCCGCCCCGUCCCUCUCCCCCCGGCCCCCAGCCCCCUCGUCCCGUCCCUUCCCGCCGCCCCCCCGCCCCGGCCACCAUGAACACCAACGUGUGCGUGGAGAGUGGCCCCAACCCCGAGGCGCCGGGGCUGCCCAAGGACAGCCACCUGCCCGAGGGGGCCCUCAACAGCCUUGUGGAUUAUAACUCGGAGAUGGAGAGGUACCGCUCCUUCGCCACCUUCUACAAGACCAACGGCGGUGCCUUCCCCCAGGCGGCCAAGAUCGCCCGCAUCACCACCCCCAUCUUCCCCAGCGCGGCGGCCGCCGCCGCCGCCCGCAUCGGCAUGUCCCCCUGGAACUGCGACACCGCCACGGCCGCCGCCGCCACCGCCAUGCUCUGGGGCAGCGGCGGCGGCGGCGGCGCGGCGGGCGGCGCGAGGAAACCCUCCUCCUCCUCCUCCUCCGCGGCCGCCGCCGCCGCCGCCUCCGCGGCCGCCGCCGCCGCCUCCUCGCUGCACGCCGGCAGGGGCGGCAUGCACCACCGGAGUGACUCGCAGCGGCUGGGCAAGCCCAGCUGCCCGCCGGCCGAGCAGCCCGCCCUGCCCAUGGCCAACGGCAACUUCCUCUCCACCCUCGCCCCCGAGCACUGCCGGCCGCUGGCCGGGGAGUGCAUGAACAAGCUCAAGUGCGGCGCCGCCGAAGCCGAGAUCAUGAAUCUCCCCGACCGCGUCGGCACCUUCUCGGCCAUCCCGGCACUGGGCGGCCUCUCCCUGCCCCCCGGGGUCAUCGUCAUGACGGCCCUGCACUCCCCCGCCGCGGCCUCGGCCGCCGUCACAGACAGCGCCUUCCAGAUCGCCAACCUGGCGGACUGCCCGCAGAGCCACGCCUCGGCCUCGCCCGCCUCCGCCCUGGGCGCCGCCGCCGGCGCGGGGGGCGGCGGAGGCGGCGGCGGCGGCGGCGGAGGGGGGGCCGGCGGCACCGGCGGCGGGGCCGGAGCCGGGGCGGGCAACCCCGCCAAGAAGAAGCGGAAACGCUGCGGGGUGUGCGUACCCUGCAAGCGGCUCAUCAACUGUGGAGUCUGCAGCAGUUGCAGGAACCGCAAAACGGGACACCAGAUCUGCAAAUUUAGGAAAUGUGAAGAGCUUAAGAAAAAACCGGGCACUUCGUUAGAGGUCAGAGGAGAUGAUUUCUUUUUCCCCAGCCUCCCGCCGUCCCUCCUCAACCCCCUGCCCCCGCCCCUCCAGUGCUUCUUGUCUAGCUUCAAGAUGCAGCAUCCCUUCUCCGAGGCCUCCUUCAGGCUCUGAGGGAGCCCCGCCGCGGGCGCGGCUCCCCGCGGCGCG